GUUUAGUCAACGAUAUGAUGCAGUAGCCGGAUAAAAGCCCCUGUCGGGAGCUAAUAUGACGUUAGUUUGACAUUUCAGGCGUGUAUGUCCUCGCGGAGGCCGCACAGAGAGUGACCUGGUGGAGGUCAUCAUGGACUAGCUGUAGUUGAGUGUUUUUUAGACCUCAGACAGUGUGACUGGCAGCAGCUGGGACGAGGCACUUUGGUGCUGCUAACGUUAGCCAGCAAGGCAACUUAGCUAGACGUGUUGAAUCAGCUUUACUGCCGCGACAGGUAUUACACAAAUUCUUGACAAGCUCUUCUGUGUGUGUCGCUUCGUGUGUUGUCUUCCUCUGGCCACCAGCCUACUUUGUAUAGCUGUGUUUUCUUUAGUUGUUGUUGUGUAUCGGUGGUGUUAGCUGUCGUCGGCUGCUGCUGCUGCUAAUGUGUAGCUAUAGUUAUUGCCUCCCAGUGGUGGAAAAAGUAAUCAGAUCUUUUAACGAUUCCUUGACUAGUUUGAGAUCCUUGAGAGAUUCUCAAGGCAGCAUGGCGCCCAAAGACAUCAUGACCAAUUCCCACGCCAAAUCCAUCCUCAACGCAAUGAACUCCCUCCGCAAGAGCAACACACUCUGCGACAUCACUCUGAGGGUGGAGAACACAGAUUUUCCAGCUCACCGGAUUGUCUUGGCUGCCUGCAGUGACUACUUUUGUGCCAUGUUCACCAGUGAGCUUGCAGAAAAGGGAAAAUCUUUUGUGGACAUUCAGGGGCUCACUGCAUCAACUAUGGAGAUCUUGCUGGACUUUGUGUACACAGAGACUGUUCUUGUAACGGUGGAAAAUGUACAGGAACUGCUUCCUGCAGCGUGUUUGUUGCAGCUCAAAGGAGUGAAAAGGGCUUGCUGUGAUUUUUUGGAAAGUCAGCUCGAUCCCUCCAACUGUCUGGGCAUCCGUGACUUCGCCGAGACUCACAACUGCCUUGACCUGAUGCAGGCUGCUGAGCUCUUUUCCCAGAAACAUUUCUCUGAGGUGGUCCAGCACGAGGAGUUCAUGCUGCUCAGCCAGACUGAAGUUGAAAAGCUCAUUAAAUGCGACGAAAUCCAGGUCGACUCAGAGGAGCCUGUGUUUGAAGCGGUGUUAAACUGGGUCAAACACAACCGAAAAGAGCGAGAGCCGUACCUGCCAGACAUGCUGGAGUUUGUCCGAAUGCCACUGCUCACCCCUCGCUACAUUACAGAUGUCAUUGAUGCUGAGCCUCUCAUUCGGUGUAGCCUGCCAUGUCGAGAUCUCGUUGAUGAGGCCAAGAAAUUCCACCUAAGACCGGAGCUGAGGAGUGAGAUGCAGGGCCCACGCACACAAGCCAGAUUAGGUGCCAAAGAAGUGCUGCUGGUUAUAGGUGGCUUUGGCAGCCAGCAGUCGCCCAUAGACAUCGUGGAGAAAUACGAUCCGAAAACUCAAGAAUGGAGCUUUUUACCUAAUAUUGCAAGAAAAAGGCGUUACGUGGCCACGGUGUCUCUCCACGAUCGGGUUUACGUGAUCGGAGGUUACGACGGCCGGUCGAGGCUCAGCUCCGUGGAGUGCCUGGACUACACAGCGGACGAGGACGGCGUUUGGUACACCGUCGCCACCAUGAAUGUUCGCCGAGGCCUCGCCGGGGCCACGACGCUCGGAGAUAUGAUCUACGUUGCCGGUGGCUUUGAUGGCAGCCGGCGUCACACCAGCAUGGAGAGAUACGAUCCAAACAUCGACCAGUGGAGCAUGCUGGGGGAUAUGCAGACAGCCAGAGAAGGAGCUGGUCUGGUGGUGGCCAGUGGGCUCAUAUACUGUCUGGGUGGAUAUGACGGACUAAAUAUCCUGAACUCGGUGGAGCGGUAUGACCCACACACAGGCCACUGGACCAGCGUCACGCCGAUGGCCACUAAGCGGUCAGGGGCGGGCGUGGCUUUACUCAACGACCACAUUUAUGUGGUGGGAGGUUUUGAUGGCGUCUCACACCUCGACUCUGUUGAGGUGUACAACAUCAGAACGGACUACUGGACAACUGUGGCCAGUAUGACGACUCCUCGAUGUUACGUGGGCGCGACCGUCCUCAGAGGACGACUCUACGCCAUCGCUGGAUACGACGGGAACUCUCUCCUCAGCAGCAUCGAAUGUUACGACCCGGUUAUCGACUCCUGGGAGGUCGUCACUUCGAUGGCGACCCAGCGGUGCGACGCCGGCGUCUGCGUGCUCCGAGAAAAGUGAUGUCUGCCAAGAGCCACGGGAGGAAGAGCAGACGCGAGGACAGGCAGCUAGACUUGAAUAAAACGCCACUAAAACGGAACUACAAAGGGAGAUGUUUGUUCGCCAGUAUGCAAAUAUAGACUCUCCAGAAAAAAAACAAAAGAAAGCGGAGGAAUGCAGCCGUUCGGGCUGCGCCUCCGCCGCUCGGACUGUGCAGCAGAGAUUCAGCUUCGCCGUGGUAUACUUCACCUCAAAAGAGGCCUCCAAGGAGCCCAUCGCCACUUGCAUGACUCUUCGGUGGUUCUUGUGUCUGUCGUUACCUGUGAGAUUAUUUUUUCAGUCGGUCUUCAAAGUGCAAUAUAUUUCUACUCAUCAUAUGAAAGCGUAAAACGAUGGAGCACGUUUAGACUCCACUUGCUGCUAUAUGCCUUAUAUGACUUUGGCCUACAUCAGACUGAACAUCCACGUUGCCUCGCAUUCAACUUUGAUGGUAGUUCCACUACAUUAGCUUGUUACCGGGUGAACUCGUGGUGUUCGCCCAAGUCGUGGAUGGGUCAACAUUUCACACCCUUUUUUGUAAAUCUUCCUGUAAACAGUGCUUUUAGAUUGAAAUAACUUUAAUACAAAAGAUUUAAUACUUAAGUGUUCCUCUCAGAAGAUAUAUUUAGAGAUGAAUAUUGUUUUAGAAAAUGACUGAAAUGUACAAGUCGACCAUUUUGUCCCUCGAUGUGACAAAAGUGAAACAUCAACGUUAUCAGGUGCAUGUGAUUUGUUUUUUUCUUCCUCAGCGUAUUGAACAUGUACAUGUUGGAUACGAAGUCCCAACAUCACUGUUGCCUGGAAAAACUAAAUAAACACAAUAAGAACCGA